AUGCAGGGAGAAGAAAUCGAUCGGCCCUCACGCUGAGCUCAAAUUGUUGUUUUUUUUUUUUUUUCAAAGCUUAGCCUUUUCAGAGCCGUUUUUUUAGGUUGCUCAACAGGUCUGCCAGUGUCUUGUUGGUGCACACAGAGAGAAGAACAUCAUGUCUGCUGUGAGCCCUAAUUUACUCUUUGGGAUGGGAAACCCCUUACUCGACAUCUCUGCUGUUGUGGAUAAAGACUUCUUGGACAAGUACUCUCUGAAGCCCAAUGAUCAGAUCCUGGCUGAGGACAAGCACAAAGCACUAUUUGAGGAGCUUGUAAAGAAAUUCAAAGUAGAGUAUCACGCUGGAGGAGCCACCCAGAACUCUGUUAAGAUCGCUCAGUGGAUGAUCCAGGAGCCCCAUAAUGUCGGCACGUUCUUCGGCUGCAUUGGGAAAGAUAAGUUUGGAGAGAUCCUCAAGCAGAAGGCAGAGGAGGCCCACGUGGACGCUCAUUACUACGAGCAGGACGAAGAGCGCACGGGGACGUGUGCUGCUUGCAUCACUGGAGACAACAGGUCUCUGGUAGCUAACCUAGCUGCUGCUAACUGUUAUAAAAAGGAGAUGCAUUUAGACUUGGAAGAAAACUGGGAGCUGGUGCAAAAAGCUAAAGUCUACUAUAUUGCUGGUUUCUUCCUGACCGUGUCGUUGGAGUCUAUCCUGAAAGUGGCGAAGCACGCGUCUGAACACAACAAGUUAUUCUGCAUGAACCUUUCUGCACCCUUCAUCUGCCAGUUCUUCAAGGACAACCUCAUGCAGGUUAUGCCUUACAUUGACGUGUUAUUUGGCAAUGAGACGGAGGCAGCUGCUUUUGGUAAAGAACAAGACUUUGAGACUAAAGACAUUAAGGAGGUUGCCAGGAAAGCCCAGGUGUUGCCCAAAGUCAACUCAAAGAGACAGAGAAUUGUUGUGUUUACUCAGGGAAAGGAUGAAACCAUCAUGGCCCUGGGUGAUAAGAUUGAGACAUUCCCUGUUCUGAAGAUUGACCCGAAGGACAUUGUUGAUACAAACGGGGCAGGCGACGCUUUUGUUGGAGGCUUCCUGUCUGGGCUUGUCCAGGAGAAACCUCUGGAUCAGUGCGUUAGGGCAGCACAUUACUCUGCAAAUGUCAUCAUCAGACGGGCAGGUUGCACCUUCCCAGAAAAGCCUGACUUCAAAUGAGGAACACCGGAAUGUUUUUCCUUCGGCCUGAAAACCUCAUAACCCACACUGCCUCCACACCUCAGAUGUUUGUUCCCUGUUUUUUCCCUUCUUUUUUUUUUAUUGGUCACUUAAUCUUCGAAAUUCUUUUUAAACUGUCUGCAUAUCUUUACUUGCCUAUUUAUGGUAUGCCUCUAUCCGGUUUGUCCUCAAGAGGUCAGUAGAGGAUCAUGCAUCCAGAUCAGGGGGUGUUUUGUAUUUGUGGCUGAUGAUUAAGGAAUCAUUGUUGCAAGGUAUUGGUUUGAUUUAUGUAAAAAAUGCAAAAGCUUUUUCUCUUGGAGUCCCACCUCCAGCGUCUAGCUGCACAGACACCUCUCAGACUUUCCUACAAGCGCUCUUGUUGACGUCUCUCGAGUCUGGCAUUGCUGCCUCUUCCAGAGACGGAGCACAAGCACAAAUGAGGACUGCAGAGCAAAACAUCACUAUGGAGACCUAUGGAGGUUUUUGAAGAUGCAGCCCUAAAAACGUUCAGCAGCAAUUUUAGAUCAGUGUUUAAUGUGCUUUAAUAGAGCAGUUUAGAAACCAAAUGUUUUUGUUGUUUUUAAAUGUGAGUCAUGUCAAAGCCUACAUCCAGUUCAUCCUGUUCUAACGUGUGUGUUUAACUCUGUCAGCGGGGUUUGAGGUGAGCUGUGGGCCUUUUGUUGGGUGAGCGGAGCUCUGGUCCUGGACCAUGAAGCAGGAUCAUUGGUUUUGAGUCUCUCUGAGUGGUGCUUUAAUGGUGCCACCACUAUGUGCCAUGAUGCGGGUGGUGCGUUCAGUGUUAUGAUUAACCCUAUUAAUUAAAUUUGAUUAAAUUGUAAUAAGUUUAGAAUUAUAUAUAUAUAUUUUUUUUCUAAUCACUAUUUUGAUACUUCUGGGCAUGUUCCCAGCUAUUUGACUCAAUUUAGCUAGAAAAACAAAAGAUGGCCAGAAUUUGUCUAAUCUACUUUAUAUCACGGGCCUUAGAUGUGUUCAGAAGAUGUGUUUGUAUGGAGCAAAGCUUGAAGCUACAGCCGUGUCUGGUAAAUUGUGGCUCAUGAGGGUGUAAAUUUGUUUAGAAAAGGUUUAAGUUGUUGGACGUUAUCUCAGUGGGCAUUGAAAUGAACACCAUCUGUUCAGUUAUCUCUUUAAAUAGUCAACAGUGUCAGGAAUUAUAAAGAGAGGGUUUUAUUUAAUCAGGUUAGCUGCAGUUGUCAGAGGUAAAACUUCUGCUACAAAAAUAGAUGGGGUGGAUAUUCAUGGGGGAAAAACUAGGGUAAUUUUAAUUAUUGUGGGGCCAAAACGUUUAUAGACAUCUACUUAAAAAAAAUUUGUGUGAAGUUGUGAUCCGUGUAACACAGUUUUCCAGUUGAACGGCUCCGGUUAUUGACACAGUCGAUAAAUUCUCAAUUACCUAGAAUAAAAGUGUGGUUUCUGAAUAAUGCAGAAGGUGUUUUAAAAUUUACCUGCUUAAAAUGUUUCACCGUUUGAUGGGCUUUUUUUCUAUGUAUGUCCAGAUACACCAAAAAGCCUUAUGUGACCUUUUCUUCCUAGUCUCAGUGAUACUCGAGUUACGCAUAACUGUGGGACACUACGAUAUUUGAAAAUUAAUAAUAAAAUAAAUACCAAUUUUG